CACCUAUCCCUUAAUGCUUUCAUUGAGAGUUAAAUUCUCCCACAAAGAAACUCUGAAGAUUAUCAUUUGCCAUGCGGAUCAGUUUGUGCCAAGGUCUGUUAACGGGUGCCAUCAUCCUCAACCUCCUCAUACUGUAUUAUGUUUCUCGAGCCCAGCAGCAGAUGAUGGACAAAAGAAAGGAGCUCGGGAGGGGUUCAAGGAGAGCUGUGCGGCCGGCUUCCCCUUUUGGCGGUGCCUUAGGUGAGCAUGGAGGAAUUGCUGCCGAGGGACAUGGCAGGGGGCCACGAGUGACUGUUCUUCUUCGGGAAUUUGAAAACUUUGAGAAUUAUGUAGGGGAUGUAGCCAGUUCCUUCCUCCGUCAACGUCCAGAGCUUCCCUUUCUGGCUGUGGCUGACACGUUUCCAUACCCGCCCCUUGUGCUUCCAGAGGGUGCACGGCUUUUGGUUCUCUCUCCCAGCCCCGAACAGCCUCCCCAGGCUCAUAGGCCGGAGUUUCACGUUCAGACAGAGUUUGUGCUGUUGGUGCCUGAUGGAGUGGAGCUGGAGCAACCAAGAAUUUUUGAGAGACUUAUUAAAGAGUUGGAAGGUGAAGGGGGAGGACCUGUGAGGUUGGUAGCUGUGCCUGUAUUAGCCCGAUCUGCAGUGCAGUGUCUUCAUCUGCGUGUGAACCUCAAAGAGUGGACUGCCACCUACUCACCGGCCGCCUCAGGGAGCAGUGGGAGUGUGUGCACAGCUUUACAAGGAGAUGCGGUAGUCCUGAUUCGAACAGAGGACCUUUUUAACCUGUCAGUCCCCCUGGGGCGUCCCCUCUUUCCUGCCCUCUUUGUUCAAACUACCUUGAGGGGCUGGAAGGUCAAGCUGCUAGAGAGCCCUUGUUUCUCUGCAAACCACCGGCCACUUUUCAACUCUGCUCAUAAUCAAUGGAAGGCCGACACUAUACUGAAGGAAGCUACAGGAAGGCUCAUGAGAAACUUUGGUUUGAAGCGUCUCCUGCUCCCUGAGGGAAAGGAGCAGUGGUUUGGCUGCACCAAAGAGACUCCUCGCUGCUUUGGCACUGUGCAGGAUGACACUCCAGACUACCUGUAUUUGGACCGCUGGACUCCUCCGUGCUGUCUGCGAGCGCUGAGAGAAACCACCAAAUAUGUCAUCAAUGUCCUGGAGAGCUCCGGCGUGCGUUACUGGCUAGAGGGCGGUUCUCUUCUUGGCGCUGUCCGCCAUCAAGAUAUCAUCCCUUGGGAUUAUGACGUGGACCUGGGUAUCUAUUUGGAGGAUGUGCCCAACUGUGACCACCUGAAGAACCUGGACUCAGGCUCUCUGGUAGAUGCUAAUGGCUAUGUAUGGGAGCGGGCUGUGGAGGGUGACUUUUACAGAGUUCAGUACAGUGAGGCGAACCACCUGCAUGUGGAUCUGUGGCCUUUCUACUCACGCAACAGCGUCAUGACUAAAGAUACUUGGACAGAGCACAAACAAGACGUAGAGUUCCCAGAACACUUCCUGCAGCCUCUGGUGCCCAUGCCCUUUGCUGGCAUCACGGCUUACGGCCCCAACAACCAAAGGGCCUUUUUGGAGCUAAAGUUCGGAGAGGGUGUGAUUGAGAAUCCCCAAUAUCCCAAUCCCAUGAAAAAAAGACUGGAUAGAAGCAAAUUAUGAGAGACAGUUGGGGCUCUAAGACUCUUUUAUAUGUUGCACUGUAUUUAUUUAUUUACUGAAAAAAAAAUACCUCAAAAAGUUUUCUUUGAAGGAUGUGAUUUUAGCAAGGUCAUAGCUAUAACGGUUUGAGUGUAACUAGCAUUACAAGCUGCCAAUAUUGUAUUCGAAGCUGCUCUAGGUUUUGUAAUGUCAGAUUUAAUUGUAAAAUAACUUAAAGUUUGAAUGUUAUAUCUGUUCUUUAAGAGAUGCACACCCUUAAAAAGGCUACUAGUCACAAUUAACAAUCAUUAACUGGUUCGCUGUAUAGUUGACUAAGUGUAUUGUAUAGCAUUAAUGUAAUAGCUGUGAAGGUGGAUUUUUUUUUUAAAUGUUAAAGCUUUUUAUGUUAAAAGUUGUGAUUACCUGCAGGUUUUGAAAUUUAAUGCACCCAAUGAUCUCAGUUCUGUGGUAUUUGUUUUAAAGUCCUUUUAGUGCUGCCCUCGUUGGGUUGAACAACAUUGCAGUUGAAUUUUCCUGUUGGUUCAAACAUUACAUGCUGGUAACAUCUCUUGGACAAAUAAGACUGUUACUCUUCGAUGACAAGAAGAGGAGUUGAAGUGUUUGAAAAAAAAAAUUCUACUUCCAUAUCUUGUGUGAUGUUGUAAACCUGAGGUCCGUCCUCUAUACUGGCCCCUCUAGAAUCGGCCAGAAAGUUGGGUACAGUCGGGAAAAGCCACACAGAGUAUAAAAUGUCACCAACACCGUGUCUGCAACAUUCAGCGCAUCUCGUUUCCAUGUAAAAUGUUGAUGGUCGACAUAAACCAGCCUUUAGAGAGCAACAUAAAGCUAGCGGCCAAUAAGGCUCCGCAAAGCCUUCCUCAACCUCUGUAGGUUAAAAAAAUCCUCCACCUCCAAAGGUUUGUCCAUGACGUAAUUUCCAGUGUCAGUCUGCUUGCUGUCCAUGCUUUAAUAAGGCUAGCUAAGCUAGCUGCCACUUUCUUCCGUCCUGUUCACACCGCACAGGGGACAUGUCCCCGGUGGUCGCCUGCACUUUUUUACUGUCCCAAAACAAUGUCACACUACAGUACACAGACAACGGUCGAGCACUAGGACCAAUCGGAAAACUGCAGCUCAAACUGAAGCCCGCUUCCCUGAGUUUAGACAGCCAGUAAGCUCCUGAUUGGCCCACCGUCUUUUCUUGUUUGAUUUUCUGUCACUCCUGAGCUCACGUCACAAAAAUCUGAUGCGCCGCUGAAUCGGGUCUGUGAUUGGAUGGUAAAAAUGCAGAAGUUAGUUAUAUUAAAAAAUACUUGCAUCCCUCCCACUUCUGAACUUAAAUUUCGUCCAUGACCCUUUCUAAACCCCAGCUCCUGAUCUCAGUAAUUAGCCUUGCAACUUAGAGACUUUCAUCACUGUUGGUGGCAUUUUUCUAAAUUUAUCAGGGCUGUAUUUAUAUGGAGUGAGUUACACUUCAACUUAUUUGGCCUUAAUUUUCCCCACUCUGUCUUUCUUGUGUGUUUUCAUUCUAGCGUUCUCUCCCCUUUCACAUUUCUCUCUCAUACAUUGGAGUAAAUUUACAAGAAAAUUAAACCUUUAACACAAACUAAACAUUAUAUUAUGGAGUCUUACGUACAGAAUUUUGAGGGAAUAGAAUAAUAGUACCAGGGUAGGGCUCUAACAUUGCAUAACUAUGCCUAUAUUAUUAUCGAAAGUUGUUGACAUACUCAUACUUAUUAAAUUGCAUUUUCCUCUUUAUGUUCCUUUAUUAAAAAUUGUCCAUCCAGCUACAAUUUGUUGAGAUACUGUGCACAUGAAUUGUCUGGUGACAGUUUUGUUAAUUCUGCAUUCCACAGUGAACACAUUUGUUUUUUGUUUUGCACAUCCUAUAAAUGAUUGUUAGAGCAGGUCGAUGUAAUCUGGUUACAAACUUGAAAGAGAAAGAAAACAAGUCACGU